UGCUCGAUACAAUGAAUUAAGAAAAUUUUGGAUCAAAGAAUAAAACCCCCGAUACUUCAAGAGUCCCACUUUCUCACUUCACUUGCAUCCACAGGGUUUGACCCAAAAAUAAGCACACCAUCUUUGAUCGUAUCCUGCCCGGGUCGCCGGUAUGUCGCCGGAAUCCAUCUCCGGUCAUUUACUCCUCCUUCUAGCUCUCUUUUUCUUGGUCGUCAGUCCUUCAUUUUCCCAAUCCGACCCUCGUCAGAUUCUUCUCAAAUUCAAGACUGAAUUGGCAGGUUCAAGCACACAGGUGUUUAUCUCAUGGAACGAGAAUAACCCCGUUUGUAACUUCACCGGAGUGGUUUGCGACAGCAAGAAUUCCAUCACAGAAAUCAAUCUUUCUAAUCAAGGACUAGAUGGAACUCUUGAUUUUGAUUCAAUUUGUUCUCUUGAAUCACUCCAGAAAAUCUCACUAGGAUCAAAUCUUUUGCAUGGUAACAUCAGUUCUCGCUUAUCAGACUGCACCAAUUUGCAGCUUCUUGAUCUCGGAAUGAAUCUUUUCUCCGGAAAGUUCCCGGAUAUAUCUUCUUUAACACAGCUACAGUUUCUAAACUUGAAUCUCAGUGGUUUUUCCGGCCCAUUUCCAUGGAAAUCGCUCGAAAAACUUACCAACCUGACUUACUUGAGCGUAGGAGACAAUCUAUUCGAUAGAACUCCAUUUCCUUCGGAAAUCUUCAAUCUUAUGAAGUUACAAACCCUUUAUCUUACAAACUCUAGCAUCGAAGGGACGAUCCCGGAAGAAAUUGGAAACCUCGUUUCAUUGAAAAGUCUUGAGCUUUCUUAUAAUUAUCUGGUUGGAGCAAUCCCGGAGGGCAUUACGAAGCUCACCAAUCUUCAAGAGCUUGAGCUGUACGACAAUGAACUCUUAGGAGGUUUUCCUGUUGGGUUUAGAAACCUCGUCAUGCUUUCGAAACUUGAUGUUUCGAAUAACAGUCUUGAAGGUGAUCUUUCGGAGUUAAGAAACUUGACCCGGAUGGAAUCUUUACAGUUGUUUGAGAACAAUUUUUCAGGGGAAAUACCGGUGGAGUUCGGAGAAUUCAAGUUUUUAAAGCAAUUUUCAAUUUAUGACAACAUGUUCAUCGGAGAACUCCCUGCAAAAAUUGGGUCGUGGGCAGAUUUUCAAUAUAUUGAUGUGUCAGAGAACUUCCUGACGGGUUCGAUUCCACCUGAUAUGUGCAAAAAUGGGAAAAUUAUUGAAGUUUUGAUGCUUCAGAACAAGUUCACCGGUGGGUUGCCAGAGACUUACGCCAAUUGCUCUUCGUUACAGCGAUUAAGAAUCAGCAAUAAUUCACUUUCUGGCAGAGUCCCGGAUAGGAUUUGGGGUUUGCCUAAUGUAAGGAUGAUUGAUCUUUCAAUGAAUCAGUUUGAAGGUCCAGUGGCACCUAAUGUCGGUGAAGCCAAGUCAUUAGCACAGCUUUUUAUAGCUUACAAUCGGUUUUCCGGCGAGUUGCCUGAGGAAAUAUCCAAAGCUUCAUCUUUGGUGGAAAUGGAGUUGACGCAUAAUCAGUUCACCGGUGAAAUUCCGGCAAGAAUUGGUGACCUUAAAAAGCUGAACAGCCUUUAUUUAGAUGGUAAUUUCUUUUCUGGUACCAUUCCAGAGUCUCUCGGUUCAUGUGUUUCUCUCAACGACUUAAACCUCGCUGGAAAUUCUCUCUCUGGGGAAAUUCCGGCAAGCCUUGGUUCUUUACAUGGCUUGAACUCCUUAAACCUUUCCAACAACAAACUUUCCGGUGUAAUUCCGGCGAGUUUCUCCUCACCAAGGCUAAGCCUUAUCGAUUUGUCUAACAAUAUGUUGAUUGGGCGGGUGCCGGAAUCUUUAUUGGCGGAGGCGUACAACGAUAGCUUCGCUGGAAAUCCGGGGUUAUGUGCUGAUCGGAGCAGAGGUCUCCGGCAAUGUGCAUCGAUUCCUCAUAGGUCCGGUGGGUUGGGUGUUGCGAAGUAUUGUUUCAUCGCCGGUGCCCUCGUGUUAGUGUUGUCCUUGGCGUGUUUUGUCCUUGUAAAGUUAAAGCAAAAAGAUAGUGAAAGUAUGACAAAUCCGUGGGACAUUAAACAAUUUCAUGUUAUCAAUAUCAACGAAAGCGAAAUACUACGAUCUCUCAAACGAGAGAAUUUGAUUGGAAAAGGUGGAUCUGGGAAUGUCUACAAAGUCGAAUUGGGAUGCGGGAAGCAAUUGGCCGUGAAACAUAUGUGGAAGUCCGACGUUGACCACGGUGACCGGAAAAAUCACCCGAUAUUACCAAAACGGAAAAGUCGGUGGCCGGAAUAUGAUGCCGAGAUAGCCACUCUAAGCUCGAUUCGACAUGUAAAUGUGGUGAAGUUGUAUUGUAGUAUAACGAGUGAGGACUCAAAUCUACUUGUUUAUGAAUACAUGCCUAAAGGUAGCUUAUGGGAUCAGCUACAUACAUGUCAGAAGAUCGAAAUGAAUUGGAAGGUCCGCUACGAGAUUGCAGUCGGGGCAGCAAAGGGAUUGGAGUACCUACAUCACGGGUGUGAUAGACCGGUGAUACAUCGAGAUGUCAAGUCGAGCAAUAUUUUGUUGGAUGAAGAGAUGAAGCCGAAAAUAGCUGAUUUUGGACUUGCAAAGAUCAUGGAAAUAAACAAGAUCAUGGAUUCAACGCAUGUCAUUGCAGGAACACACGGUUACAUUGCUCCUGAAUAUGGAUAUACAUUAAAUGUGACUGAGAAAAGUGACAUCUAUAGUUUUGGAGUUGUUCUCAUAGAGUUGGUAACGGGAAAAAAACCUGUGCAACCAGAGUUUGGUGAAAACAAGGAUAUAGUACGUUGGGUUCACGGCGAAAUGAGGAGUAAUGACAACCGCAUUGCUUUGGUUGACCCUAACAUCUCAGAAGAAUUUAAGGGACAUGCAGCUGAUGCUUUGACUAUUGCAAUAGGUUGCACGAUGAGGAUCCCUGCGUUAAGACCGUCGAUGAAGAUGGUUGUGCAAAUGCUAGAAAAGAUCGAGCCUUAUUCACCUAUCGAUAUAAUGAUCGAGAAUGACAUCAACGUUGUCAAGACAUAAAUUUUUAUAUAAAAAACGAUAGUAUAUGUAAAUGUACUCGUACCAC